CAUCAAUCGAAAAUUAAAACAUUCAAACGCCCUUUUAUUAUGGUUAAACAAUAAAAUUUAAUUUAAUUUUCUGAAACAAAAAAAAAGAAUUGUGAUAAUCAUCAUGUCAUCAUCAUCAUCAAGACGUUUUGAAGAUCUGAAAGAUGAAUUGAUUUCAUUGAAGGAAAAAAUACGAAUUCAUCGUCGCCGUAAUGCAAAUGAACUUACAAUCAAUAAAUUGUUUAUCGAUGGUGAUCGUUUGAUUGAAAUGUUACGAAAUGAAGUGGCCAAAUGUCCACCACAAGUACAAUCCGAAAUGAAUGGCCGUUUUUUUGCAUUGAUGAAUGAAUGGAAUGCAUUUAAAAAGACUACCACUACAAGUUCGAAUGGCGGUAGUAGAUCUAUGGGUAGUACAUUUGGCCAACAAAAUUCAUAUAAUACUGAUGGUACACAAAGACAAAUUCUAGCACAAGCAAUUGGAUCAUUAGAACAAACAUCAUUAUCAUUACAUCGUUCUGAAAUGGUGGCUAGAGAAACCGAAGAAAUCGGUACAAAUAUUGUUGAUGAAUUAGGUAAUCAACGUGAAUCAUUAUUGCGUACAAGAGAAACAUUGGAAACAAAUAAUGAAAAUCUAAAACGAACACAUCGAUUAAUACGUACUAUUAAUACAACAUUGAUAACGAAUAAAUGUCUUUUAAUUGUGAUCAUUUUGAUGGAAAUUCUAAUACUUUUAGCCAUCAUUGCCUAUAGGUUUAUUAUUCAUCAUCAUAAAUAAUAAUUUU